AGUCCAGUGUUCAGUUCGGUCUUUGUCGAGUUGUCUGCUUCUGUUCGAUGUUCCUGUGUCGCCUGCGUUCUGUGAGGUUGGCCGUAAGCUAGACUACUCACCGGUGUCUUGGCGAGAGUAUUUUGACCAGAUGGAGGAUGUGAGCGUGGGACUGGCCACCAGCAGGGACGUUUUCAGGGUUUAUAAAGCUGGAAAUGAGGGACCUCUGCUGGUUCUGCUGCAUGGAGGAGGACACUCUGCCCUGUCCUGGGCUGUCUUCACUACAGCCAUCACCAGCAGGGUGACCUGCAGGGUACUUGCCAUGGACCUCAGGGGUCACGGUGCCACACUUGUCCGCCAAUCAGACGACUUCUCAACUCAAACUAUGUCCAGUGAUGUAGCCAAUGUGAUUCAAGCUUGCUAUGGUCAGACUGCUCCCCCCAUCAUCCUGAUUGGCCAUGGCGUCGGUGGGGCGAUCGCAGUGCACACAACCAGCAACAUGUUGCUACCGUCCACUGUGGGCCUGGUGGCUAUAGAUGUCGUGGAAGGCAGUGCGAUGGAUGCACUCCACAGUAUACAGAACUUCCUAAAGGGAAGACCCAAGUCCUUCAAGUCCAUGGACCAUGCCAUAGAGUGGAGCGUCAAGAGUGGACAAAUCAGGAACCUGGAAUCUGCCAGAGUCUCAAUGGUUGGCCAGAUCAAAAGAUGUGAGGUAGAGGAGGUCGAUACUCUGGAGCAGGCCAGCCCGGCGCCUGAUUUAGUCACUGAGCGCAACGAGGAGUUCUAUGAUCAGAGCUACGUCAGUGACAAAGAAAAUGCUGCCUCAGAGAGUGUGUACAAGUGGCGUAUAGACCUGUCAAAGUCUGAAAAGUAUUGGGACGGCUGGUUUAGAGGAACCUCCAACCUCUUCCUGGCCUGCAACCUGCCCAAACUCCUGCUAUUGGCCGGCAUCGACCGGCUGGACAGAGAUCUGACAAUAGCCCAGAUGCAAGGUAAAUUCAUGAUGCAGGUGCUGCCCCCCUGUGGCCACGCAGUGCAAGAAGACAAACCAGACAAAGUGGCUGAAGCUGUGGCUGCCUUCCUGUUGAGACACAAGUUUGCUGAAGCCAGAAGAGAAACUAGGAGCUCCAACUCUUUCACACAAUGAGGUCUGCAGACCAGCACAAAUGAGCUCCAGAUUUGGCGCUGAAGACCAGUACAAACCUUCAUUUUUUCCUCCCAACUUCAUACUUUUAUCAGUUGCUGCUGAGGUCUCUAGUUUAAACUUUAAGACAAAAAUGACUGUAAAUCUAAUAGUGUGUGAGUUGUGAGACAUUUGUGACUGACUGCUGCUUUAGUUUCUGUUCCUCCGUAAUGUAACUGGCCAACUUUUUUAUUUAAGUCUGCAACUAUUAUUAACUAUUAUUAACAUUGAAAGUACUGAAUAUAACACAUUACACAAAAAUAAUCCUUUACAGAUAAAAGUACAUUUUCUUUCUGUCCCAAUUUUACUGUAUGUGGACCACUGAGCUUUCUACAGCUACUGUCCAGUAGCCCAGAGCUAUGGAAGCCCAGUUCCACCAGAAAAAAUAUGGAAAAAAUAAUGUCAUCAGUAACAGCCAUUAAUCUGGUGUAGCCACAGUUCUUACAAAUCUUGUCAUAAAACUUGAGCUCUUACAAAAUGUAUAGUCUGCCAUUCAAGUCACUGCUAUUUUACUGUCCACUGUCACAAACAUUGCAUGGUUAUUUCCCUGUUUAGCUAAAAACAGCUGUCUGUGUUUGAUUUUGCUAAAUUAAACAAUAAUUAUGGAUCACCUUCUCACCUGUUAUAGUCAUGCCAAAAGAUGUCGAUAAAACUUUACAGCUUAAAGACAAAUGCAAAAUGCUUCCAGUUUUCACCAUUAUGGUCCAAGCCAAACUAUUUUGAAAAAAAAAACACUAUCAUUUGCUUAAAAUUAUAAGUUUAAACAACCAUUUUGUGCUCUCACUUCACUUUGUGGACUCAAAUAAAGCUCAACUAGACCCUAGCUAGCAAUUAAAAUUACUGUAGCUGUAGCUAGGCGUUGGAUUAAAUGAGUAAUGACAAAGAAUAUGUGAAGAGUUGAAGUUUUAUGGCCUUAGACAAAACAUUAAAGAUACCAACCUUGUUAGCUUUGUCCUCCAUUUUAUGUUUUCCUCACAAAGGGAGUAAAGGUGAACAAAAAUCCUGCUCAAACUAAGGUGCAAGGCAAAUGCGUAGACAGACAGUUUUUUAAAAAUGUCAAAAAUAAACAGAAGAGUAUGUAACUUCAAUUUACAAAUUAUUUCUUCAGAAUGAAUGAAGAAAAAAAAUCUUUUUAUUACCAUUAACACAGGGAGUAAAAGAUGUUAAUAGUAGCAAACAAGAAAAAUAUGACUGCCUAGGCUACCAAUUUGCUCUCCACUGCUGACUCCUAUCAACAAUUAGAUGUUCUGUUACUUCUUAUUGAUGAUGAUGAAAAUUAAUUUUAUCUCCAUUUGUCUGUGUUACGACAUUCCUGGAUGUACCUGUUGUUUACAUGUGUAGCAUUAGUACCCAAUAAGCGUUGUCAUAGAUAAAUGUUUGUAGUUCA